AAUAAUAUAAUCACAGAAAUGCUGGACGCCGAGUCUAUCGACCGAAACACGUCAGCACUCCUGGUAAAUACGUUAUUUGUCAACGGAACCUGGAAGUCACAGUUUGACCCGGACGUGAAGUACAGGGGCUCUUUCAAAAACCAAAGAUGGAAUCGUUAAACCGGUUGAUUUUAUGGUUAACGGUGAUUGGUUUGGCUUCGCAUACACAGCAGGCAUGGAGGUUGUGAGACUUCCAUUUAAGAAUAUGAGAUUUGCUUUUACAUUGUCCUACCACGCACAAUCGAGGAUUUUGCACACCUUGAAAACUUAAUAAGCUCUGAAAACUUUGACGACAGUGUUUUCUUUAAGGACCUUUCCUUACCGCUCGUCUCUAUUACAAUGCCGAAAUUCAACGUCACGGCUACUUUGAAACUGAAGAACGCAUUAAAUAACUUGGCCAUGACCGCCGCUUUCUCCAAAGACGCUGACUUUUCUGGGAUAUCAGACGUUGGAAUUGAAAUAUCCGAGGUCAUACAGAAGACGGUCCUGGAAGUUCUGGAGACCGGGACAGUGCCAGGGGCCAUUAGUUCUGAAACCACAGGAAUCACGACUAUACAGGAAGAUCAUAUAUUUGUAGAAGUGGAUCACCCAUUUAUAUUUUACAUUAGAGACGAUGACAGCGGCCUAAUUCUCUUGCAGGGCAAAAUGACUGACCCAACCCAGAAUGAAGUCAACAAUUAA